UCAAAAGUAGAGGAAAUAAGGAUUUUGCACCUAAACCCUAAGUCGACCAAGCUUUAUCUUUUGCUUGCACUAAAAUGGCGUAAUUUGAGCGUUCCCGUACAAAAUGCAAUUUCUUUACCCAAUUCUUUCUCUUCUGCUACUGCUAAAGAUGGUCGAAAAGGGCAGUUUUUCACUUUCUGUUACCUCAAUCACAAAACAGACUUCGUUCUCUUCUUAUGUACAGCGAGAUGGGCUUCAGCUUUCACAACCCAUUUACCUCUUGCCUCCUUUGCCUUCUUUGAUAUCGAGCCCACUAAGAGCUGGCCCAAGAUAAAA